UAGCAAGAAAUGUAAAAGUUUCUAAAUGAAUUAUAUUCUCCUUUUCUAUAAAUAUUACGUACAAGUUACACAGGCCAGAAAGCUGUAUAAAGUGCAUUCUCCAUCUUUGAAAGCUGAAUAUCAGUCAGCUGUCGCUACGAGAAGUGUAUGAUUGUUUGUUGGUCAGGCUUAAAUCCUUGCUAGUUAUAAAUGCUGCAUAUUUACAAAUUAAGUUAUAUUCGAUCAUUAAUAGAAGCUUUUGUUUCACUCCACGAGCCAAUGAGUCAUUCUCCCCUUUAACAAGAGAAUCGGGGUGCUGUAUCAAGAAACAGGCCUCGAUAGGCUUGUGUGCUUCCAUAAGCUAUUCAUGGGAAUCGCCAGGAGAAGUUGAGUGUUGAUUACUUCUGAAAGUUGAAGGGUGAAGAUGCAGCCUAGCUAAAGCUUACUUCAUUGUUAAUUAUUUCUCUGAGAGUGAGCGUUCUUUCAAGAUUGACGUUGAUUGAGAGAGUAACUUUUUGGAAUAUGACUCAGAAAUAAUCAAUUUCAGUCAUACAGGUAAAUUGAUAGUUAUCUUAGAAUUUCGUAUACAAUUUUUUGACAUAAAUUUACCGAUACCUUGAGUUUCCUCAAUUUGUCAGUCAAUUUCUUCAACAAAUUUGAGUUUUUUGGUCGUUAAAACCUUUCCAUAAAAGCGUAUUUUGUUCCCUUGUCAGAGAGGGCACUAUGAAUAGACACUGGUAGGAUGUGUGAACGUGCCAGAAAUGUUUUCUUUUCCUUCAUAGGGACAGCUCAGAAAUGCAUAGCUUGAGCUUAGUCGUGUGUUUCAUAACCAUACUGACUUCAUCAGCAUGUCAAGUAACGGAUGAGGCAGAGAAGACAUCAGAACCUGCUACGUGUGUUUAUAAGGGCUACGAAGAAGAAGUAUACGACCUUACAAGUUUGGCAAACACCAAUGAGGAGCCUAGGUUUGCAUUCAUAAUGCAUACACUUCUAUCGUUUUUUUAAAUUCUUUUCAACUGCAAUGCGCUAUUUAACCUUGCAUCAACUUCUAAUUGAACACGUUCAUGAAGCUGAAUGUAAGGUUUGAAACGUGGUAAAUAUCACCGGAGGAUUAUCACCAGGUAUUCCUAGUGACAAUUUUAGUUGAGGUAUAUUCGAUUACAAGAGCGUAUAUAUAUGAUAGAUUUUAAAUGAUUUUUGGUUUACAUACGAUGCAUGUCCAAUCCCAUGCUUGCAUGAUCAAAUAAUUCUAACAAUCAUUUGUCUCUUAUUCCUGAACAGAUUUUGCACAGAAGACCCCAUGGGUUAUAGCAUCAGCUAUAAUCCAUGCUUCUCUUUCAAAAUAGGACCGAGUAAGGAAACAAACCCAUGUAACUCUGGUGUGGCGGUAAGAAAUAAUUAAGGGAAACUCAGAAAGUAUUGUUUAGUCAGGAUGACAGAUGAAACAAAAAUUGAUUUCUCCCGUUAUUUAUAGUAGAUAGGAAGACGAGAAGUCGUUUUGUUGAAUGAUUCUGGACAGAAGAAUACUUGAGGCCACCAAAAGUAAUGUCAUUGGGACUUUGGAAUUCUGAAAAAUUAUGCCCAUUCCUUCUGACGUCCCCUGAGAAAAUGCUUGAGGUCUCUCGUCGAUGCGCAACUCAUUUGUAAAGAUCCUUAAUCAUUAGAAUAUUUACUUUAAACUUGAGAAAGGCGUGGUUUUAUUUCUAAAGAAUUUUCACCUGAGGCAAUUGGCCUAGAAGUUUUUUUUUUCUUACAUCGUGUUUUAUGGUAAAAACCUCCGUCAGACGGAAAAUAUAGUUUUGGGUGAUGAACAUUCCAACUCAUUCACUUGUUUCAGAUUUGUCGAUGGGUUGAAGGUCAUGAUGAUGCGUACGAUAAUAUUGGUAGUGUGGAGGUCGGCGCAUUUCGAUGGGGGAGGCAAACACCCGAAGAUAUAUUAUCAUCAGUGAGUAUUUGUAUUUACCCAGCGAAAAGAAAAUAGUAUAUUUUUUCAAGAAUCUUAUAGUUUCCUGUAGGAAGUAUGAGUUUUAGUUUCUUGCUCAGAGUGUAUAGGAUUGGGAUAAACAUGCAUUGGCUACUUUGGUAAUCAUACCUUAGGUAUCUUCCACGAAUAGAUAUUUUAUAUACGGUCAUAUAGUGUUGGCAUGAUAGCCAUCGAUAACUAACUUCUUACUAACCGAGCGUGAGGCCCUACUGGGGAAUAUUGGCCAGAGGUCGUGGCACUGACAGACGGCAGCAAAGUCCGUACAACAACGACAGAGGGCCAAUAUUCCCUUAUGCAACUCGAGCUAGUGAGGUAAGCGAGUAGUUUAUUAUAUGGUUGUCGGACCUAACUUGUUUAUUUUGGAUUUGUCUGCUUAUCACCGUUUCCAUCCCGGCCAAGUAAGAACCAAUCGGAUUGCUCAAAGUUAUCUCAGGACUAUUUUUCAAUAUAAUUAUGAUAAUUUCAUUAAUUUACCUGGUAAGUUUAUGGGUGGUGAGCUCCACUCUGUUUUGCUUUACGAUGCGCGAACUGGUUUUGAGUGGGUUGUUUUAAUUCUCUCGUGAGGCCAGCCUAAGUAAGAUAAUUCUAUGAUGGUAAGUGAAUUUUCCUAAUAACAAGUAAAAACAGUGAUUCAAAAUUCUUAAUCGAACUCGCGCCAAUUCUCCGCUCAUAACUCGUGGGAAAGUUCUGUUUCGUAUUUCUGUUCUACUCACAACUGAGUAAAAGUUGUACUUCUUAUCUCUGAGUUUGCCCAACCGACAUAAACAUAAUAAGAGAAUACUUCUACCGAGUAAUAUUGAAAUUAAUGGUUAUAUAUGCUGAAAAAGUAAUGCUCAUUCCUCAAAUUUGAAUUUCUUUUUUCCUUUCCUUCUAAGUUUCUUUUUAAUUUUUUUCUCAAAAAGAGCUCUUCAAGCCUUUACUACACGUUUUGGUUAGGUUUUUAGUUAAGUAUGCCAAGAAAAGAAGUUGGUUUCAUGUCAUCAACUCUUUAAGCUUAGCUGGACCCAGUAAACUCCGAUUUGGCUUUCUACGAUCCAGAGUUAGAGGCCCCUACAAUGCGAUGUUAGCAUACUCGUAGCUUACAUACUUUUGUGAUGUUAUGUUUUCUUUUCGUUCAGUUCGUCCAGUGGUAUUAACUGGAAAUCCACUGUAUCACUGGUGUGCAAUUCAUCUGAUGACAAAGGCCAUUUCAGAGCUGAGAAGUAUAAAAGUGCUGAUGAUGUUGUAAGUGACUGAAGGUCAUUGUGAGGGUAGUAAAGAAGUGAAGGUUAUUUGUAAGAGAAAUAUUAAGGAAAAAAGUUCACGCUUUACGUAAAAUAAAUUAGCUAUUUCACACACACAAAAUAUAUUUUUGCUGUGCUUUCCAAAAGCCAUGUAUAUAUAUAUAUAUAUAUAUAUAUAUAUAUGUAUAUAUAUAUACAUACAUACAUGCAUAUAUAUAUAUAUAUAUAUGCAUGCACGCACGCAUAUAUAUAUACGCACGCACGCACACACACACACACACACGCACACACACAUACAUACAUACAUACAUACAUACAUACAUACAUACAUACAUACAUACAUACAUACUGCCGAAGUAAACAAACACGGCGAAAAUAUGACUACUUCAAUAUUUUUGGGAAAAGAGAGGACGCCCUUCACAGAUCUCGAUAAGAUCCUUUUCCGGCUAUAAAAUGACGUGUUUGUAUUAAUUUUGAAGACAUUAAAAGGGGAUCAGUAAGUCAUGAAAUCCUUCUCAAUUUUCCCCUGUACAAUUUUAUAUCCAGAACGAGCGAUAUGAAAAAAAAACAAACAAAACAAAACAAAAUAUAUAUAUAUAUAUAUAUAUAUAAACAAAGAAACCGAGGUGUCAUUUCUGUCGAGCGAGGUACUUUGAGUUACUUACCCUACUGUUUAAACAUGUAAGCAGUGUGUCCAAGUUUUGUCCACGUUUUUAGUCGUAGUUUUACCUGCUUAGAGAGGCUUCACCACUGGUCAUUCACACCUACUCCAUAAAAUUACAAGGAAUACGAAGAGAGUAAUAAACUGUCUAUUACUGCAUUUAUCUCCAGGAAUUAAGUCUCUCCCAUAAGUGUGCCUGCCCGAAUAUGUGUCUAAUCAACCCUACAAGGAAACCCAAAACUACAGUUACCCCUGGUAAGUGAAAUCAUUUAACCAUUAUGUCGCAGCAUUUCACGAGAUUUUUGAAAUGUGCAAAGAAAAUUGGACAAUAUUAUAUUCUCUGGUUCCUCCUAGUGGUUCCUGUGGUCGCUGGUGUCAUCUGUUUAUUUGCUGUUCCUUUCAUUAUUAUUAUCUGGCGAUGUGUCAGGCCACAGCCUCCCAACAACAAUCCACCGCGUCCUAUCGAUCAGUUCGGAAACCAUUUCUUGAAUGACACUGAUCCAUCUGAUUAUGGUAGCACUAGCAACCCCCUCUCCAGUGCAAGUGAACCCACAUCGGGAAGUGGGUCGUCAAGUUUAACUAAACCCUCGUCAACGAACUCAUCGUCUUGUAAUGAUAUCAAAGUGUCUUCUAAAGAGAAUUCUAAAAGUAGUGAAAGGUCAUAUGUCUGUUGAAGAAGUCACGUUGGCGUGCUUAGCAGAUCGCUGUUUAGACCAUAGGAGAUCAUUUGGUUCCUCGCGAGCUGGAUGAAAUAAUUUUAUGGCGAUAAAACUGGAUAAUGCGAUUCAACUGUUUGAAAAGGGUAUUAAAAACAUAGCUCCAAUUUAGAGUGAAACUUUUAGAAUCGCUUCCAACCACAUUACAUUUUCAUAAUUAAUCCAAAAGCGAAAGCUCAGGGCGCCCGAACUAUAUAGUUAAUUCCUAUUACAAUACUUGUCAUUUGCUUUCACAGCAUACAACAACAUAUAAAGGAAAUAUAAUCGGUAUGUCAAGCUUUCCUAAGAUACGAAUUUUUAACUCGUGAAUUGCGCGCAUGCGCAAGAGUGAGUUGUAGAUAUGAUGUGAGAAUGGCACUCGCUUGCUCGCUCGAUUGGUCGAUUCCUGUAAACUUUUUUUCGAUUUUAGGCUUUUGAGAGCAUUUGAUAGUUUUCGGCGAGUAAUAAACAAACGAAACGGCGACCUUUGUUGCUAAGAAUAGUGGUGGGGUGAAAAAGAAGACAAUGAUAAUUUUAAAAGAAUUUAUUUUUUUCGUUUUAGUUUCAACAAGCGGCGCCAACGACAGGCAGGCGUGCGAGGAUUCACACUGAAAUAAGAGAACCUUCGUUUUUCAUAAAAUUGUAAUUUACAAUCCUUGCACUUGAAAACUAUCCGAAGAUUCAUUAAAAAUAUCACUUAUUCCAAAGCGCUCGGAGUUUACAAGUGUUCAAAAGCUUUUUCUGUUAUGGCGUGAGAUUGGGGACAAAAUCGAUCAUUACAUUUCGUAUCGUGUGUUUUUUCUGUUUGAAGUAACAAAAAGUGCCGGCGACUGACGAACUUACAGGUCAACACGAAAAUCAAAUAACACCUAAACAAAUAAUUUUGGCUUCCGAUUUUCAGUGAAUUUUUAAAGAACAAUUUUCUUUUAAGUUUCAAGACAAAUUGAAGAUUCAAAAUAAAUAUUACGUAUUAAAAUGCGAAAGUUAUACACCACAAAAUUGAUUACGAUCUGAGGUCGUCUUUCGAGCAACUUUUUUAUUUUAUUACACACAGGCUUUACAUGUAGUUACAGUGCAAGGUUUUCGCCAGCCAGCUUAGUCCUGAUUCUGCG